AUGGAGGAAGAAUACGUGGAAGCAACAUGCAUGCAGUUUUCAAAUAUAAAACUAAUUAUUGGCGAAAACGACACACCAUUUCCAUUUCCAUUUCCUUCACAAAACCAUAUUCCAACAAAAGUUUAUAUGUUGUUAUUAAUUAGUUUAUAAUAAUGUUUCAUUUUUGGAGUUUUCGUAAAGGAGCUUUUGAAAUGGACCAUAAAUCUUGAGAGCUUAGACGUGAAGGCAUCUAAGCAAAUGAUUAUAUCCACCUGUAUCUCAAUUUACUAAGGAAUUUAAAAAAAAAAAUCAAUGUGGGAAUUCCAUAAGAUAUAUAUAUAUAUAUAUAUAUAA